UGCCUUCGUUUUUUUGCUCGACAGAUGAAAACAUCAGUGUUGGGUGCUAAUGCCGGGCUGAUUCCUGCCACAAUCAGCAAGAUGUUUGUCAUCCUACUGCCUGUUUUCAAUCAAUACGGAUCAAACUGUUAGCAUUUAAUGUAUCUGUAGGUAGUCAAAGCCCAUUUUGUAUUACUAUACCCUUUUUGGAUCUCUAAUUUCCAGCAGAAGAAAAUGAACGGCUUAUCCAUCAGCGAGUUGUGCGGCCUGUUCUGUUGCCCGCCCUGUCCGAGCCGGAUUGCAGCGAAGCUGGCCUUCCUGCCCCCGGAACCCACAUACGCUCUUCUACCAGACCUGGAGUCCACCUCACCUGUGACCUCUAACCUUGGAGCCUCAGGUUUGCGCUCUCGCUUGGGUGGAGGUGGUGCUGGAGGUGGUGCUGGAGGAGGUGGUGGUGGUGGUGGUGGUGGAGGAGUAGGAGGAGGAGGAGGAGGAGGAGGAGGAGGAGGAGGAGGUGGUGGUGGUGGUGGUGGUGGUUUUGGUGACAGGAGUGGAGAAGGUCGAUGGAAGCUGCAUCUCUCUGAGCGAGCGGAGUUCCAGUAUUCCCAGAGGGAGCUGGACGGAACCGAGGUCUUCCUCACUCACUCCAGCCGUGGCAAUAGAGUGGGAUGCAUGUACAUCCGCUGUGCCCCAUCCGCAAGGUACACCGUACUCUUCUCACACGGUAACGCUGUGGAUCUCGGUCAGAUGAGCAGCUUCUACAUUGGCCUUGGCACUCGUAUCAACUGCAACAUCUUCUCUUAUGAUUAUUCUGGUUAUGGGGUCAGUACAGGGAAACCCUCAGAGAAGAAUCUGUAUGCAGACAUAGACGCUGCCUGGCACGCUUUGCGCUCAAGGUAUGGCAUCAGCCCUGAGAAUAUAAUCCUGUAUGGGCAGAGCAUUGGUACCGUGCCCACCGUGGAUCUGGCGUCCCGCUAUGAGUGUGCUGCUGUGGUACUUCACUCGCCCCUCACCUCAGGGAUGAGGGUGGCGUUCCCUGACACCAAGAAGACGUACUGCUUUGAUGCCUUCCCAAACAUUGAGAAGGUGUCUAAAAUCACGUCUCCGGUGCUGAUCAUCCACGGGACGGAGGAUGAAGUGAUUGAUUUCUCUCACGGUCUGGCCCUGUUUGAGCGCUGCCCGAAGGCCGUGGAGCCGUUGUGGGUGGAAGGAGCCGGGCACAACGACAUCGAGCUCUACAGCCAGUACCUGGAACGCCUGCGCCGAUUCAUCAGCCAGGAAGUGGCUGCGCAGUAAACGCACCCUUCAUUACGCUCGCGUCAAUAAAUGGUCGACGUAUGUUCAGAACAAACAUACAGAAUUCGGUUCUGGAGGGUUUGUUCUUCUAUACAUUUUCAACUCUAAUGUUUCUAUCAGCCUGGAGCUGAGUUUUCUACUGAGAAGACCCCUCGACUUCACACCGGAAAGAUCUGAAUGUGUGAGCGUCGGUCUCAGGACCUCAGUUCAUCUGAGGCACUCGCUCAAAGUUGAUUUGGCUUGUGAUUUUUGUGACCAGGACAAAUGAAAUGUCAUUUGAACAGGACUAAUGUCUAAUAUCUCUUUAUGAAGCUCUUAUCUCGUU